CCGAAGCGGCGAGAGGAGGCGCACUAUUUGGCAGCCGGGCAGGCAGGCAGGGGUCAGCGGUGAGGCGCGUGAAAGCGGGGCGGUGGUCGCGGCCGGCGGACGGCGUUGCAACCGGGACGGAACCAGCGCGCGCACAGGAAGGAGCGGCCGUUUCUGGGCUCCGGACGCCGAACAAGCGAGCGAGAACCGAGAGGCGAGCAGCCCCCAGCCUCCGGGGCCUCCCUCCCCACCUCCCGGGCAGGCCGCGAGACGCCCGAAAGGUGGAAGAAAGGCGGCGGGCUCGCGGGGUCGCGGGCGUCGCGGAGCCUGGAGACAAUGGCGGCGCUGAGCGGCCCGCGGCGUUUUUGUUAGCGGGCUCCGAGUGGACGCCAGGCAGGCCUAGCUCGCUGCUAGCCCGGGCGGCGCGAAGGAAAGAGGCCUCCCGCGGACACCCAGCAGAGACCCCUCGCCUCUUUCGGCGCUCAUGUUGGACUAUUCAAAGGAUUUGUAACACCCCCCCCCUCCCCCCCCCCCCCCCCCUUUGACGAACACUUAGAGCUCGCUGGCUGCUCGAUGGAGGAGACUCCAACGAGCUGAGAGCAGAGCCGCUACUCUCGAAGCCCCAGUCGUCACCCCCAAAAAUCAACCUCCGUGAAUCCCCGCAGAGCGUCACCAAGCCGACUGCUCCAAAGAAUUCUGCGGGAAAGCGGGUCUUCAGCCUCACGCCAUUUGAACGUUUGCCGUCUUCCAGGAUCCCGAAGGAAACGGGAUUUCAUGUGGUCUCUCGACGACCGCAGCGGUCAGAGUCCUCGCCGGCGCAAAUGAGACGUUGAUCUCUUGGGAAGCGUGGACUUUUCUGCCCGAGGUUCUCGUGGGGUCGCUUUGACCCCGAGACCGCUCGGCCAUCGCUCGCUUGGGAGAUGUUCCAGUUCAGCAAGUACCCCAUGGAGAUCCUGGAGAUGCUGAGCGGACACCAGGCGCAUCAGUUCAAGGGUCUGGGCUUAGAGCGUCAGCUGAGCCACCAGCAGCAAGUGCAGCUUCAGCAUCAGCAGGUGCAGCUUCAGCAGCAGCACCAGUCCCCCGCCGACACGUCCGGGGGUCUGCUGUCGGGCCUCGGCCUGGGGACCCUGCCCGCCUCCCGGAGUAACGCCUUUGCCGACUCCUCCUCCCUGUUCGCCAAGAUGGGCGCCCCUCCCCCAUCCAUCUCGCACCAGAGUCAGUCGUCGUCCUCGUCUUCGUCGUCGUCGUCGACUCACGGCUCCAGGAAGUCCGGCAAGAUGAGCGGCGGCGGCGGGAGCUCCUCGUCGGGAUAUCCGCAGUUCCUGCGACCGUUCCACCCGGCCGAGGCGGCGCUGGCGCAGGAGCAGCUGCACUCUGGAAUGGGACGCUUUGACUUUGGCGGGGGGGCCGCUGGCAGCGGUGCCGGGGUACUCCCCGCGCCCCCCCCUCCUCCGCUGCAUCCCGGCCUGUCGGUGCCGCAGCCCUCCCCCGGACCCUCCUCCUCCUCUUCGUCUACCUCCACCUCCGUGUCGGCCUCCGGCAACCCCCCCGGCGGCACGGCGGUGCCCUUGGUGGGCCAGUCGGACCCCCGCAGCCUCCACCAGCAGUUCAGCUGCAUGCUCGCCGCCAACCAAUACUUCCUGUCGGGAGUACCCGCCAACAGCAGCCUGGAGCAGUUCCUGGUCCAGCAGGGCACUCACAACCACUUGGGUCUGGGUCUCGGCCAGGGGUCCUCCGAGUCCAACUCGUCUUUGGCCCCGCCCCCCGGCCUGCACUCCUCCCACAGCCACUCGGCCCCGCAACCCCCGCAGCAGCAGCAGCAGCUGACCCCUCACGCCUUAUCUCACCCCCACAACCACUCCCACCACCCUCACCCGCUGCACCCGGCCCCCCAGCCCGCCCCCCUGGGGGGGUUCGAUUUUCAGAGCAUUCCCGUCCUGUCGUCCAAUCAAAUUGCUUCCCUCAUGCAGCAGGAAGCGGGCCUCCCCCUCCCCCUGCCCCUCCACUUGUCCCUCCCCAAAGAUGACGGCGCCAAGUCGGGGGAGGCCUCGUCCUCGUCGCUUUCUGGCGGCGGAAGCAGGCGGAAAAAAGCCAUGGCGGGAUACCUGCCGCAGAGGAAGGCGGAGAGUCAGGCUCACGGCGGCGCGGCGAGCCAUCGUCACGGCUCGGCCACCUCGGGCCUGGUCGGAGGAGCCUCCGGGAGCGUCGGCAUGAGCGAGCAGCACCAUUCGUCUCUUCUCUCGUCGCAUUCGCAACACCCGUCGUCCUCCGCCGUCUCCUCCUCCUCCUCCUCCUCUUCGUCCGCCCCGUCCUCCUCCGCCUCCGCCUCCUUGCUGGUAGACGGCGACCAGCACUUGCCCAAAACCAGAGAAAACCGCGGCGGAAACUCGUCGGGGCAACCCGAAUCGGAAUCCCUCUAUCACUGCGGAGAGUGCGGGAAAACCUUCACGCAUCUCUCCAGCCUGCGGCGGCACCUGCGCAGCCACGGCGUGACGCCCGACACCCAAAGCAGGAAGUCGGACUGCACGUCGCCGAGUCCGGAGAGGAUCUUCUGCUGCGGCGACUGCGGGAAAAGGUUCAAGAAGCGAGGGCACCUGAUCCAACACAGCGUCACGCACUCGGAGAACCGGCCGUUCAUUUGCAACAUUUGCCAGAAGUCCUUCAACCGCCGCGAGUCGCUCACACGGCACGAGAAGAUCCACGACGAAAAGCCGUUCCGCUGCCCGGCGUGUGGACGCUGCUUCCGCGAAAGCACCUCCCUCCUCAACCACGCCGCCUCGGGCGCCUGUGGAAAACCUCCUCGGAGUUCUAAGAACCGCGCCGGCUCGUCCAACCCGAGCGGCGGCGGCGGCAAAAUGCGGCUUUCGAAUCCUAACGCCGUCGUUCCCAACGAUAAAUACACCGGCGACUACUCGAGAAGUCGCUACCCCGGCCAGGCGUCCUACGACGACGACUACAGGCGCUCGCAGGCGUCGUCGCUCUACACGCCGGACGCCGCCCUCUCUGGGGACAUGAGCAACCAAACGCUUCGGAAGGCGCCAUUAGCGCCAACCCUUCACCCCCACCCGCAGAGUCAGCAGCAGCAGCAGCAGCAGCACCACCACCAGCAGCCGCACCUUCCUCUCUCCUCCCUAUUGGACGAUUCUGAGGACGAGGUCACCAGCAGCGCCAUGUCGGCCAUCGCUGCUGCGGCGGCGGCCUCGUGCGACAUCAACACUGAAGGCAGGGACGGAGAAAGAAGGGACAUCAUCGGGGGUCUGCUGGGGGGUUUGGGGUUCGGUAACCUGGGCGGGCCGUCGUCCUCGCAGAGUAUCAACGGGUCCACCGUGCCGUUGUCGCACCACAGCCAGCUGCACGCCAAGCCCCGGAGGCCCCGCAAGCCCCGAGAGAAGCGAGACCCCGACUCCGUCGUCAGGAGGCGGCGUGGUCCCGCGCAGCCCGGCGACGGCACGGAGCGGCCCUACGGGUGUCAGCUCUGCGGCAAGCGCUUCCGGCGGGCCGAGACGCUGCGGCGCCACAAUCGGGUCCACACGGGCGAGAAGCCUCACGCCUGCGACAUUUGUGGCAAAAUGUUCCGAGAACCUUUCCACCUCACCAAACAUCUGACGGUGCACUCGGGCCAGAAGAACUACAAGUGCAACCUGUGCGGGAAAAUGUUCGCCUACGCUCAGAGCCUCGUCAGACACGGCAAGCUGCACCGCAGGGGCGAGAUCGACAACCAGGGCAGAAGAGUCAAAGGAGCCGCCAACGCCGCCGCCGCCGCUGCCAUCGGACAGGUCUCCAACCAGGGAAACUCUGACUUUUUCUCGUCUUGCUCCCAAGAGGAGAAGUCGCCCACGUCCGGGACCCCCUCCCAGAGGCUCUACACCUGCACGGUGUGCUGGAAAUCCUUCCGCCAUUAUUUCCAUCUGACGGCGCACCAGCAGACGGUGCACGGCGGCGGCGUGGGCCUGGAGAAGUCGUUUCGCUGCGAAGUUUGCGGUAAAUCCUUCGCCUACUCCAACAGCCUGGUGCGCCACAAGCUCUCGCAGCACGGCAUCGACCGCAACGGCCAGCGGGUCAACCAUUCGCAACCGCCCGGUUACUCGCCCGCCUUCUACGACUCGGGCUCCGGGUACGUGCAGCACGUGGCCAGCCAGGCCCCCGCGCCGCCCGCUCAGCCGCAAGACCCUCAACACCCGUUUCACUACCGGCCCAAAAAGCAGUCGGAGAGUACCAGAAAAGGGCGCAAGAAGAAGAGGCGGGUGGUGAUCCACAGCAUCAUGAGGGACGGGAAGCUGGUGGGCGUCCCGCUCAGCAAGGAAACGCGCAGGAAGUUGAUGCUGCUGAGGAAGAGGAGGGGCCGACUGCUGGCUCAGAUCAACAAGAAGAAGCUCCUGGCGCAGUUGAGGGUACGCGGAGGCGUGUCGGUGGUCAGGUCCUGGUCCGGGGGCGCCGUCAAAGUCAGCGGACUGCUGUCCAUGGACGUCGCCGUCAAGCGCUUCCCGUGCCCCGUCUGCCCGAGCGCCACCUACGCCAGGAGGGGCUUCCUGCUGCUGCACCGCGCCGUCCGGCACCCGCCCGGGACUUCGGGUCGCCGCGCCCGUCUGCACUGCACCGUUUGCGCGCGGCGCAGCGGCAGCCUGCUCAAAGCCCUCAAACACCGCGGGCGGCACCUCAAGCGCGCCACCUUCCGCUGCCACAAAUGCCGACGCCGCUUCUGGAACCCGCGGCUCCUGGAGAGACACAAGUUCUCGUGCCGGGCCCCCGCUUUGGGGGGACGGUGGGCCGACGGCGAAUGGGCGCCCGCGAGGAUGAAGUCGUCCCCGUCGUCCCACGGCGACCGCCCGCCGGCGCACCUACCUCUGCCGGCUCUGGUCCCGCACGAGAGGUCGUCGGUUCUGACUGAGUACGCUAAUUAAAAACUCAACUCAUUUGUUUGUUCCAUUAGUUUGUUGUCACUUUGUUUCUUUUUCUUUUUUGUAACAAUCCGAGAAGCGAGUGGCAGCUGGCAGCUUUUGAACAAAAGGGACAAGAAAAAAAAGAAGGAAAAAAAAAAGGAGGAGGUAAAGGUUCCUCACGACUCCAAAACAUUCUGCAAAGGCACAUGACCAACUGGUCACAUGACACUUUGAGUAGCAGCUGUAACCGUUCACACACACACACACGUGCACACAGAUUAACACAAACAUAUGGACAGAAAAUGGAAACGCACAUUGACUGAAGACACACGGACACACAUCAGCACGCACACAGAGACACACACACCGUCUGUGUCACGUAAACACUAUUGUCUUUUCU